AUGCUCGAAGAUGUGAUGACACUGGAGAGACGAGUUCAGAUAACGCACACGCACACAUCCGCGUGUCCGGGACGCGACUGGGGAUUGAUAACCCGUGACCCCCCCUCCUCCUCCUCUACCCUCCUCCUCCACCCCGUUAUCGCCGAGAAAAAUAGAGCGAAAGGUUCCUCGGAAAGGCACGGAGUACCUGCUCCCAAUUACUCAGCCAGGCUCGACCUGCGGGCGAGAGGGGGGAGGGUGCCACUAGUGUCCCACUGUUGGGCAAAGGCCUCCUUCCAUUUCUUCCACUCCUCCCUGUCGUGGGCUAUACCAGACCAAUCCCUCCCCUCGCAAAUGCGUCCAGUUCGUCGCGCCAUCUCCGUCUGGGUGUCUCUCUGGGCGGGGCGGGGCGGCGCGACCUCUGACCCGCCCUAUCUCAUCCCCCGUUCACCUCUGGCGGGCGCUUCGCCCCCGCACUUUCACCUCGGGGUGAGCGGGCUGCGGAGCGCCUUCGCGAUACGGUCGACCCGAGACGUUGCCAGGGGGCCGCGAGGGGCGAGCGGGAGGGGGCGCCGCGGUCGAGGUGGCGGGGCCUUCGCUCCCUGCCCCCGGGCCACCGGGCCAAUGGCGGCGCGCCGGGCCUGGCCCGACCUCGGGCUCAGUCGCGACUCAGCCGCGACCCUUGACACACUGUACGGCGGGGUCGGCGGGCCGGGGCUCUGCCCCCCGCGCGGCCCCGACCUGCCGCCGCUGGAGCUCGGCUUCAGGGGCGGCUGGCGCGACGACGAGCUGCUGCCCUCGACGCCCGCGAGCCAGGCCGCAUCCACUCAGAGCGGCUCCUCGGCCACCGAGAAGGGCCAGAGCGUGGAGUGCGUCGUCUGCGGCGACAAGUCAUCGGGCAAGCACUACGGCCAGUUCACCUGCGAGGGUUGCAAAUCGUUUUUCAAGAGAUCAGUGCGGAGAAACCUCACAUACUCCUGCCGGGGUAACAGAAACUGUCCCAUCGAUCAGCACCAUAGGAACCAGUGCCAGUACUGCCGACUGAGGAAAUGUCUCAAAAUGGGCAUGAGGAGAGAAGCUGUGCAAAGAGGUCGGGUGCCACCGACUCAGCCCGCUGGCCUGACGUUGCCAGGCCAGUUCGCCCUCUCCAACGGCGACCCGGCCGCUGGCCUCAACAACCACCCCUACCUCUCCUCCUACAUAUCUCUAUUGCUCAGAGCCGAGCCCUACCCGACCUCGCGCUACGGACAGUGCGUCCAGCCGACCAACGUCAUGGGCAUAGACAAUAUCUGCGAGCUCGCUGCGCGGCUGCUCUUCUCGGCCGUCGAGUGGGCCCGCAACAUCCCCUUCUUCCCCGACCUCCAGGUCACUGACCAGGUGGCCCUGCUACGGCUCGUCUGGUCGGAGCUGUUCGUCCUAAACGCGUCCCAGUGCUCUAUGCCCCUGCACGUGGCGCCCCUGUUGGCCGCGGCCGGCCUCCACGCGUCGCCCAUGGCGGCGGACCGCGUGGUCGCCUUCAUGGACCACAUACGCAUCUUCCAGGAGCAAGUGGAGAAGCUGAAAGCGCUCCACGUGGACUCCGCGGAGUACUCCUGCCUGAAGGCGAUCGUCCUGUUCACGACAGGUAAAAUUUUGGACAGCCUGUUCGGGGAGGCGCGGCUGCUGCUUUACAGGGUGGCCGGCGCCGGCGGCGCGGUUACCGGCUACGGGGAGCUGGCGGCGCUGGUUAGGACGCACCUGGACGCGUACGCUGAGGCGACGCGCGUCCAGCAGGCGCCCCAGCCGUCCGCCGCCUCCUCUGGGUACUACUCCACCCUAGACACGUCCAUGGGCGUCAACUCCUCCCUAUCUUACGGCAGCUUCCUCUCAACGCCGUCCCGUCUGCCGCCCAACUACACUAGCAGCCCGCGAAUGCCCGACCCGGGCUCCUCCUUCAAAAUAUGGGACGGCGGGAAGCCGAAGGAUCAGGGGGGU